UUUUGUGGAGGUGUUUGUUUUCUCUAGGAAUUCAUCCCCCUUCUAACAAUAUCUACUAAAUAUAAGAGUCAAACAAACACAAAGUUAAUGAUCUGAGCUUUGCCUUUGAAGAACUCAAAACUUAAUUGUGUUUAACCAUCAAGAAAACAGAAGACAAAAUGGGACUGGUAUCCGGUUGACUGCGGUUUGCGGGAUCCGCCAUGGAGUCGGAGCAGAUGCUGGAGGGGCAGACGCAGGUUGCAGAAAACCCUCACUCCGAGUACGGCCUCACAGACAACGUUGAGCGGAUAGUUGAAAAUGAGAAGAUCAAUGCAGAAAAAUCAUCAAAACAGAAGGUGGACCUGCAGUCUCUGCCAACCCGUGCCUACCUGGAUCAGACCGUCGUGCCUAUCUUACUGCAGGGCCUUGCCGUGCUUGCCAAGGAAAGACCGCCAAAUCCCAUUGAGUUUCUAGCAUCUUACCUUUUAAAAAAUAAGGCACAGUUUGAAGAUCGAAAUUGAUUACUUGGGAAGAAAGAAACACUUGGUUGCUACUGUAGAUUUACACGAUUACGAGGCAGCUCAAAUUGCCAUGAUUCCCCUCCCCCUCUGGAACCUUCACUCACUUCUGGAGUUGCAGAAGAGAAUACAUCCCCUUGUCUGACUUAAUCAACCAUACUUAUUUAAUGAGUAUCAUCUGUGCAAUUUUUUCCUCAGAUUGUCUUUUACUUUGUUUUUAAAAAGACCUUCAAAAUAAACUGUUAAAACACCA